AUUAUCUAAAUAUCUCUACACAAUCACAUUAGCCAAAACCAUGGCCUCCUCAAGUCUCCAUUUCUUCUUCUUCUUGACACUUCUCUUGCCAUUCACUUUCACCACCGCCACACGUGACACAUGUGCGACCGCCGCUCCCGAUGGUUCCGACGACCUCUCAAUCAUCCCCAUUAACGCCAAAUGCUCACCUUUCGCACCCACUCACGUCUCUGCCUCCGUGAUAGACACGGUCCUUCACAUGGCCUCCUCAGACUCCCAUCGACUCACCUACCUCUCAAGCCUCGUCGCCGGCAAACCAAAACCCACCUCCGUCCCCGUCGCCUCCGGUAAUCAGCUCCACAUCGGAAACUACGUGGUCCGAGCCAAACUCGGCACUCCUCCACAGCUAAUGUUCAUGGUCCUAGACACAAGUAACGACGCCGUUUGGCUCCCUUGCUCCGGCUGCUCCGGUUGUUCCAACGCCUCAACUUCUUUCAAUACAAACUCCUCAUCCACUUACUCAACCGUCUCUUGCUCCACCGCACAAUGCACCCAAGCACGUGGCCUCACGUGCCCAUCCUCCUCACCACAACCGUCCGUCUGCUCCUUCAACCAAUCCUACGGCGGAGAUUCAUCCUUCUCUGCCAGUCUCGUCCAAGACACGCUAACGUUAGCCCCUGACGUCAUCCCAAAUUUCUCCUUCGGCUGCAUCAACUCCGCCUCAGGCAAUUCUCUACCACCGCAAGGACUAAUGGGCCUAGGACGCGGGCCUAUGUCAUUGGUCUCUCAAACUACGUCGCUUUACUCAGGAGUGUUCUCAUACUGCCUCCCUAGCUUCAGGUCCUUCUACUUCUCCGGGUCGUUGAAACUGGGUCUCUUGGGUCAACCCAAAUCCAUCAGAUACACUCCACUCCUCCGUAACCCUCGCCGUCCAUCACUUUACUAUGUGAAUCUCACCGGAGUGAGUGUCGGUUCCGUCCAGGUACCCGUUGACCCAGUGUAUUUGACGUUUGACGCAAAUUCCGGCGCCGGUACGAUCAUCGAUUCCGGUACUGUUAUCACCCGUUUUGCUCAACCCGUGUACGAAGCCAUUAGAGACGAGUUUAGGAAGCAGGUGAAUGUGUCGUCAUUCUCAACAUUGGGAGCGUUUGACACGUGUUUCUCAGCGGAUAACGAGAAUGUGGCGCCAAAGAUAACGCUGCACAUGACGUCACUCGACUUGAAGCUGCCGAUGGAGAAUACGCUUAUCCACAGCAGCGCGGGAACGCUGACGUGUCUAUCCAUGGCCGGGAUACGGCAGAACGCAAACGCUGUUCUAAACGUGAUCGCGAAUCUCCAACAGCAGAACUUAAGGAUCUUGUUUGACGUUCCUAAUUCUCGCAUAGGAAUUGCUCCUGAGCCCUGCAACUAAGAGAGGACAUAUGAAUGAUCUCUCUCUCCCUCUCUUUUUAUUUUACGUUCUUCGUACGUUUUGAUUUGAAGAGGUGCUUAAUGGCGCUUGACCUUCUACAUAUACUUUGUAUGAACGGCUAUCUUCACUACGCAUAACAUGGCCUGCAGUUUCAUCUCUUGCUUCAGCGAUGUGAUUUCUUUUCUAAA